AUGACAGCAGACGAAAAGGAAGAAAGACGUGUUCAAGAACGGGGAACGGUUUCAAAUUUUUAUUUGUGCUUGACCGGUAGUGAAAUGUCAGGAGAUCACAGUAGCCCCGCGAUGAGAUCAUUUCGUCGUAGUAACUUGGGUAAAUUGUAUCAAUCAUUUAUCAAGCGCAGGAAGUCGACUAGUACGGAGGAAAUGGCAGAUGCGCAUGCGACUGCAACAGAGGUUAGAGACAAGGAACAAGCACCGUUCUUUACACUGCCCGCAAUAUCCAUCAUGACUUCGAUGGCAGAUGUUGAGGAUGGUGAAGCUGGGCUUGGCAGGACAGAACUUUCAACAACAUCUAUACUACCAGCGCCACUGCAAUGCACAGAGUCAAAUAGAUCGUUUUUUUCGCGGUUGAGCGGUCGUUUACGGCGUUCACUUCAUUUUCCUUCAAAUAAACGUAAACGAUCCGUGAAGUUUAUAGCAAGUAAUGAAGUGGCGGUAAACGAGAAUGUGAGACCACUAUUGCUUCACGAAUCUGGGGAGGAAACAUUCACGGACUAUGCCAGUAUCAAAAUUGUUAAUUACGGUGAAUCAUACGGUGACAUUAAGUUGAUCCGACAAAUUCUACACCGGAAUAAAACCGAUGAAAUUAAAAAACUGCUUCGAAAAAAAAAUUGGCCAGUAGGGCACGGAAUACGAGCAAAUUUGUGGCAAGAAAUCUGUAAAAUAAACAAUCCAGAUUUCAAUGCAUACAAAGAUAGUUAUGAAUCUGAAGCAUGGGAAGAACACAUCGGUCAUUUUUCACCAAAAGCUCGUUUUCUGCUAUCUUCGGAUGCUAUACACAAUUGUUAUGAAUUGAAUGGAAAUGGCUUGAAAGCACUUCAUCGUCUCAUUUCUGCCUUAGAUGCUACGGUUCCGACAUUGAAUUAUGCACCUUUGGUACAGCCCAUACUUGCAUUAUUUUUGCAUUAUAUGAGUGAGGAUGAUGCAUACGCUUGUGUGUUUUGGAUCCUUAAAAAUCAUUCAAAUUAUAUGAAACGUUCUGCUCAGGCGAGCAAAGCUACGUCGUAUACGCUGCUUGCACUUGUGAAGAUCUAUAAGACAGCAGUUUACAAAACUUUGAGAAACUGGAUUGGAUCAUCUGAUGCAAACAUUCUGGCAAAAGCUUUGCAAAAUUGGCCGAGAUGGAUAUUUUGCGCCUUGCCAUUUGAGCAUUUAAUUUGUGUUAUUGAUUGCUACUUGUAUGAAGGAAGCAAAGUAUUAAUGAGGAUUGCUAUCGCAUUGCUUAGUAUAUGGCACAAAAGUGUGAAAAUACCAGACGAUUUGGUCGACAAAACAUGCCAAGAACGAAUUGAUUUAUUCGCAGAAGGGAUUGUUCAGAUCGUAAAUGAUAAAAAUAUCUCUACAGCAGCCUUAUUUGAAACCGCUAUAAGGAUUCGGAAUUUUAGUAGCGCAAAAAUUGUCCGUUUUCAGGAGAGAUAUGAAAAGAUGAUUUUACAGUUGGAAGGACCCGAUCUUGCAAUGGUAGAUUUACCAGCUGUACAUAUAAAGCCCUUCAUUUCAACCAUCGUUUCAUCAGAAGUUGCUUUUCAAUUAAUGUGUUGUUUACCUGAAAAAUAUCAAUUAAUAACUCCGAUGCUAAUUUACCAUCUUUGCGAGGAUGGCACUUCAUUCUAUCGUUUGUGGGCGAAGAUCGAUGAAGCCAAAUCAACAUUGCUAAUUAUUAAGACUGAUAAAAGUGAAGUUUUGGGAGCCUUCUGUGACGAGCCAUGGGGAAAUCGAACAAAGACAUGUGAACGUGGGAGUAAAAAAUAUUUUGGCAGUGGUCUUUCGUUUGUUUGGAAUUUAGAUGAAAAUAAUCAAGUGAAUAAAUAUGACUGGAAGGAAAAUCAAGCGGAAUGUUUUAUGGCUGCUCCAUAUGAUCGAGAGCCUACUAUUUUAAUGAUCGGUGGAAAUGCGAUACAUAUUGUAGAUGAAUUAAUAAAAGGCUCAAGCUUGCCGGGCAAUACUUUCGGAAAUCCAGAACUGGUGAAGGGUGGCAUAUUUAAAAUCCAUGACAUGGAGUUUUUUGCACAAUGGUGGUACGAGAUUCAACUGUAUUUGAAUCAAAAAUGUUUACCUACGCUAGUCGGUCAAUUUUCAGGUGAUAACUCUGCGGUAAUGAAGAAUCUGGUUUUUUCAAAAACUGAUCAGUUGUUACAUUUCGUAUUUCCAAAUCGAUGUUACGAGUUAAUGCUUCUGAAAUAUGACUUCCUCCACCAAGAAUGUAUAUCGAUGGUUAUGUCGCGAUUGCUUGGACUUGGUAUAACGCUUGGGUCACUGCUUGUAUUCAUACCACAAAUUUUGAAAAUUCAAUUUGCACAGUCGGCCGAAGGGAUUUCAUUGUUGUCGCAGUUGCUGGGAUUGUUUUCCUGUUUUGCAGUAACAUCUUACAGCUACGCAAAGGGAUAUGUUUUCAGUCAGUGGGGUGAUUCAUUUUUUGUGACGAUCCAAAUGAUCAUAAUAAUUAUCCAAAUUUUAUGGUUUUCAUCACGUAAAGCUCACGCAGCAGCAUUCCUUGCAUUUUGCUGGACAAUUAUUUGCGCAGUAAUGAAUGAAUAUAUUCCACUUGAUGUGCUCGCGUUGCUUCAAGCUAUUACUAUCCCAGUUGUUAUUGUUGCUAAAUUUCUACAAAUUCGGGCGAAUUACCAGCAGCAGAGUACUGGCCAACUAUCUAUGAUCUCAGUAUUUCUUCAGUUCGCAGGAUGUUUGACCCGAAUAUUUACUUCUAUACAGGAAACUGGUGAUCAUCUGAAUAUUGAUUGGCGAACAAUGGCAUUCCUGAAACGAUGGUGUUUUACGUUCGUUGACUAUUGGAAAAUGGUCGGAAAUGAUUAUAUGGUCGUCAUUGCAGAUUUGUUGGAAGAUGCGAAAAAAAGACCGGUCAUAACUGCUAUUAAGUUACUGCCAUUGAGUGGUGCAUUUUAUGCUUACAGGACUAAUCCGAGUAAAGGGUAUGUUCAUUUAACGAAGAUGCUCUGUACGUUUCCUAUGCACUCAUUUUUAUUGUCGUAA